AUGUCACCUCUCGGAUCGGUGGCCCUGGCCAACGGCUCCGCGACGCCAAAAAAAGUCGCCUACUUCUACGACUCCGACAUUGGUAACUAUGCCUACGUUACUGGUCACCCCAUGAAGCCCCAUCGCAUUCGCCUGGCACACAGCUUGAUUAUGCACUAUGACCUGUUUAAGAACAUGGAGAUCUAUCGUGCCAAACCAGCCACUAGAGGAGAGAUGACCCAGUUCCACACAGACGAGUACAUCGAUUUCCUCCAGAAGGUCACCCCCGACAACAUGGAUGCCUACCAGAAAGAGCAGGGCAAGUACAAUGUCGGAGAUGACUGUCCUGUCUUCGAUGGUCUUUUCGAGUUCUGCGGGAUCAGUGCUGGUGGUAGCAUGGAGGGCGCUGCCCGCCUCAAUCGCCAAAAAUGCGACAUCGCCGUCAACUGGGCUGGCGGCCUUCACCACGCCAAGAAGAGCGAAGCAAGUGGUUUCUGCUACGUCAAUGACAUCGUCCUCGGUAUCCUCGAACUACUCCGUUUCAAAAAGCGUGUUCUCUACAUCGAUAUCGACGUCCACCACGGCGACGGUGUCGAGGAGGCCUUUUACACCACCGACAGAGUCAUGACUGUGUCGUUCCACAAAUACGGAGAGUACUUCCCUGGUACCGGAGAACUACGCGACAUCGGUAUCGGCACCGGCAAGCAUUACGCCGUCAACUUCCCUCUUCGUGACGGCAUCGACGAUACAUCAUACAAGUCCAUCUUUGAGCCUGUCAUCGAGCACGUCAUGAAGUUCUAUCAGCCCGAGGCUGUUGUUCUGCAGUGUGGUGGUGACAGUCUGUCUGGUGAUCGCUUGGGCUGCUUCAACUUGAGCAUGGAAGGCCACGCCAACUGCGUUGCCUACGUCAAGAGCUUCGGUCUCCCGACCUUGGUUCUUGGCGGUGGUGGAUACACCAUGCGCAACGUCGCCCGGACUUGGGCCUUCGAGACCGGUGUCCUGGUCGGCAAGCAUCUGCCCAAGACGCUGCCGUACAAUGAAUACUACGAAUACUACGCCCCCGAUUUCGAAUUGAACGUUCGCCCCUCCAACAUGGAAAACUCCAACAGCUUCGAAUAUCUCGAGAAGAUCAAGGCCGCCGUCAUUGACAACCUUCGACACACCCAGCCUGCUCCUUCUGUGCAGAUGCAAGACGUGCCUCGCCAGCCCUUUGGUGGCAUGACCGACGAAGAGGAGGCCGAGCUCAACGAUAUGGACGAGGACGAACAUCCUGAUGAGCGCAUGACACAACGCCGCUGGGAACAGCGCACCCGCAACGAGGCCGAGUUCGAGGAUAGCGACGACGAAGAUAUGGACGAGGCCAAUGGCAUGACGCGUCCCCGAAAUGCCAAGAAACGCACAUUUGGUGACUACCGUCAGACCGAUCGCGAUGCCGACAGUGGAGCCCCCUCACCAGUAAACGGUGCCCCCGAAGGCGAAGAAGCCCCUAAUGCUGAGCCAAUCGUGGACGCCGACAUCACUCUGGAGAAAACCGUCGACACCGAGGACGUGCCCGAGAAGACAGUCCCUGAGAAGGAGGCCGCACCCGAGGCACCGAAGGAGCAUGUUGUGGACGAAGAUGGUGAUGUCGGUAUGGGUGACAGCGUCGAUGCCGAGGAGGCCACGACGACAAUCAAGAAAGAAGAAGUCGAGGCAGAGCCAACCAAGGUUGCCGAGAAGGAUGAAAAGGAAGAUAAGCCGGCAUCGCGCAAGCCAUCGACCGAGCCUGCUGCAGAGCCCCUCUCGGCCGAAACCACAGAGACAGUUGAGGCCGCGGAACCUGCCGCAGAAGUUGCCAAAGCAGUCGACCCGCAGCCAGCAAAGGAGGCCGAAGUUGCCGAGGCCAAGGAGACCAAAGAUGAAGCCACGCACGAGGAGCCACCUGUUGCUGCCGAGGAGCCCGCUCCAGAACAGGAGAAGGUGGUUGCUGACGAAAAGCCCGAGGAAAAGGCCCCUGAACCUGAAGAGGACAAGAUGGAUGUCGAUGAGAAACCGGCAGAUGAUAGCGCCAAGAAGGAGUAG